CUUACCAGUACUAGUUGUACUAGACCGUAACCUGCUUCUCUUACAAACAUGCUGCAGCGGUUGGCUGCGUCAAGAUCAAAAUGGCGGGAUACGAUUAUAAAAACGCGUCGAUGGCUUCAUAGCGAGGACUCACAAGCAGCACAAUCCUAUACCGCACGCAAGAAUUCUUGGUUUAGUCCAACGAUCUUAGUGCUAGGAUUUAUUCCAGUUUUCACCUUCGCCUUGGGAACCUGGCAGAUGCAACGUUUACAAUGGAAAGUGGCCUUGAUAGAUGAGCUUCAGGAGAAACUCCAUCGAGAGCCUAUCUUUCUUCCCAAGCGAGUAAAUCUCUCUGUAGUGCCAGAAUUCGUAUAUCGUCGAGUGUUGCUCCGCGGUAUAUGGGAUCACAAACACUCGAUGCUUCUCGGUCCUCGCGUCCGGGAGGGCUCGAAUGGAUAUCAUGUCGUCACACCAUUGAUCAGGUCUGACGGAUCAACUGUCCUCGUUGACCGCGGUUUCGUUGCAAAAGAGUUUGCCGAUGCCAAUACCUUCGAAAGAGGGGAAACAGGCGAGAUUGUAAUAUUGGGGAUGUUAAGGACAUCGCAUACCCGAAACAGUUUCACCCCAGACAACAAACCAACUGAAGGAACGUGGUACUGGGCUGACGUCGAUGCUAUGGCAGACUACGCUGGUGGCGAAGCAAAAAAUGUACAGCCAGUAUUUGUAGAACAAAUCUAUGGCUCCUCUCAGGACGCCACGUUGCGCCUGAAUAAAGGUAUCCCACUUGGACGCGCAGCUUCUGUUGACGUUCGCAACGCCCACCUUUCAUAUGUUAUCACCUGGUUUUCCCUCUCUGCCUUCACUACAGCUAUGUUAGUGCGACUUGUAUUGAAGCGAAGAGCUCAAAAUCACCACCGCCCACUACCAAGGCAAUGAACAUUGUACAGACGAAGACUGCAGGGUGAUUCCCGCGAGUUAUAGUUUAUCGUUCUCUCGCCAUGUCUCUCCACCAGUGACUCAUCACACCUCGUACAGUGUGAGAUAACCAGAAUAGAGUUGCUUAUUAUGCAUUGAAGUGAGCACUGUU